AUGACCCAAUAUAGAUGCAUGAUAACUUACAGUCCCGACGCUUACGACAAGUAUGCCAAAGAUAUUGAACACAUAACAAAAGUCAAAUUUGGUGAACUGGGUGCCUUGAAUUUCAAUCAAUUCAUUGAGACUCCGAGACCGGGCCCACUUAGCCAUUUCACCAUGUUCUGGACACCAGAAAGUGUUCCAUUUGAUGAUCUGCGAAGCGUACAACUAGCACCGGGUAUUCGGACUGAGGUUACUGAAGUGAUAUUAGCGAGAAGUAACUUCGGUGCAAAGGGUGUGCUGAGUUUCCAACGAUUCGCUUUUAAUUCAGGGUAUCCUCCCUUUCAUAUCACACUGUUCGAGGCACCCGAUAGUGUUUCCUUGGAGGAGCUGCAGAGUGUCCAAUUGGCAGAGGGUGUUAUGACUCAGGUACAGCGAGUCGAGCGUGCUGCAGAGAGAUAA